AUGCACACCAGUCAGAUAUGUGAGGGGAAGUGCGGUGAGAAGCUGGACGCGUGUUCCUGUCAUGUGACCUGCGUUUCCUUGGAGACGUGCUGUGGGGACUUCAAGGAGUUCUGCGUGGACACCUCUCCGUACUCUGGGACUAUCUUUGGGGGGACUGACUUUGUGGUGCUCAACGCGACCUUUGACACCGCUGCCACGCUGAAAUGCAAGUUCCUCAGUGAGCCGGCUCUGGAGACCGAUGGCUAUGUGGAUGGGGAGGGACGUGGCCACUGUAUCUCUCCCCUGCUGUACGAGACUGGCUGGAUCCCCCUCCAGAUCUCCACCAAUGGGGGUCCUUAUAACCGACAGGGAUCCUGGCUCUCAGUCCACCCGGGGAAGCUGGAUCCUCGUUUCAAGGUGACCUUGGUAAACUCCACCCACUGGCAGUACUACGGAACCCCUGGGGUGGGCGGAGCCUUACGGAUGACGUGGAACACCGCAUUGGUGGAGGCCACGGCUGUCAACAUAGAACUGUGGGGCUAUAGCGAGACAGGGGAGCCCUAUACCCCCACCUGGUCGGCUAAGUGGGAGUACCUGUACUCGUUGUCCAAAGGGCACCCCAAUAACGGCAGUUUCAGCUUCGUCCCCCAGGUGGCAGCACAGCAGUUCCAGCCCUGGGAGCUGGGGUGCCUUCGCGUCAGCUCCAGCAAACACCCAGACGGGACACCUGAUGUACAUGCGGUGUGGACGGAGGACCAUGCGCUGGCGUGGCACCUGGAGGAGGCCUUCCGAGCGGACUCGGCAGGGUGGGCGCUCGAUAAAUGUGUCAAGUGGGACGCGCUGGAGAAGAGCUGGCCAAACUUCCUGGAGGAGACCAUAGACUGCCCCUGCACCCUCGCACAAGCCCGAGCAGACACCGGGAGAUUUCAUACGGACUAUGGGUGUGACAUUGAGAAGGGCAGUGUGUGUACCUACCACCCUGGAGCAGUACACUGCGUGAGAGCCAUACAGGCCAGCCCUAAGUAUGCGGCAGGUCAGCAGUGUUGCUAUGACAGCACCGGUGCCCAGGUGUUGACGUCUGACUCUAUCGGUGGCAGCACGCCUGACCGCGGGCAUGACUGGGGCUCGCCGCCCUUCCGCAGCCCGCCGCGCGUCCCUGGCGCCUCACACUGGGUGUACGACGUGCUCAGCUUCUACUACUGCUGCCUCUGGUCAGAUAACUGCCAUUACUACUUUACACACCGACCCUCUAGCGACUGCAGAACCUACAAACCUCCUAAAGCAGGUGCAGUGUUUGGAGAUCCGCACCUGAUCACCUUCGACGGGGCGAGGUACACCUUCAACGGAAAGGGGGAGUACUCACUGGUCGAGGCGGAGGACAAGAAGUUUGUCCUCCAGGGGAGAACAGAACCGCUGGCAAAUCCAGAUAAUGCAGGGCAGCAGAUCAACGCCACCCGGCUGUCCGCGGUGGCCAUGAGGGAGGACGGCUCUGACAUCAUUGAGGUGCGACUGGACCGCGAGAGUGACAGCCUACAGGUGCUGCGGAACCAGGCACCCCUCACCUUUACAGAGCAGACUUGGAUGGACCUCACAGGUGUGUUUGUGUUCUCUCCUGUGCGCCACAACGUGACGGUGAUGUUCCCGUCGGGCGUGGGGGUGGAGCUAAGGAGGAGGGGCGUUACCAUGGCCGCCACUGUCCUGCUGCCCGAGGGGUUCGCCGGCGCCCCCGAGGGGUUGCUAGGCAACAUGAAUAACGACCCUAAAGAUGACCUGGUCUCCAGCGAAGGCAGACCCGUACCGGACCCCAGCAACCCGCAGGACAUAUACGAGUUUGGAGCCAGCUGGGCCAUCCUGAACGCCUCGUCCCUCUUCACCUACGACUCUGCUUACCUGUUGGACUCGUACCUGUCCGCCCCUAAGCACGACCCCUCCUUCCUGCCCGUGUUCGUCGCCCCUGACGACCCGAGCGACCCGUUGCUGCCGCAGGCGUCACAGCUGUGCGCUGGGGAGGGGGCGGAGCUCUGCACCUUCGACACGCUGGUGGCACGGAGUCUGGACCUGGGCAACGCCACGCGGGUCUCCCUGAACAGCCACAUAGCCAUCGCACAGGACCUCAAGACAGUGGUGUCGUGCGGUUGGAUCGCUCCUCCGAGUAACGGCGUGAAGAUGGGCACCACCUACCUGCAGGGCUUCACUGUCACCUUCGCCUGCAAUACCGGCUUCGUCCUGCAGGGGUCAGAGCGGCGCUCCUGUCAAAGCGAUGGCCAGUGGUCUGGGGAGGUUACACAAUGCAGCCCAGAGCCACCGAAGGACAACACCGUGGGUAUCGCCGUGGGAACAGCGCUGGGUGCCCUCGCCUUGGCAACCAUACUCACCGUCAUCAUCCUAAAAAGCAGGAAACACAAGAGGGGGUCACAAACACAAACAGAGGACGGUGGAACGGCUCUCUGAUCCCACUGUGACAUCAUCAGUCACAUGACUGGAAAGUCACGUCUUCAACGAUGGUAUUUAGCAUAUCAACAUAUCCAACUCAUUUUUGUACAAAAUUACAAUAAAAUAAUGUGAUUUACAUGUGAAGAUAUGUAUUAUACUAUUUAAAACAAUUGAAAAUAAA